ACCAUCAACAUCCUAAAAACGUAAUUUCUAUAGAGUUUUUGGAACACACCUAUCAAAACCAAAAAUACUUAUCAAAAUGUAUAGAUCCGCGAGCUGGAACCGAGUGCCAGAAGACUACUCAUCCGCACCGCCUAAGGGAUUGUGGAUGGGCUCGGUGAUCGGUCCCCUCGACGAGAACGAACUACCUUCCUACAAUAAUCCACCAGAGGAGAUGGUUAAGAAGGAGAAGUCACGUGCCAAAUUCGCAGAAAACGCCAUUCACAUCAUACCAUUUGUUCUCCUUGCAUGCGCUCUCGUACUUUGGCUCUUCUCAAAUCCAGAUGUGGAUGUUGGGAUGAGAGAAGAAUCUAUUGCGGCUAAGAUUGAAGGAUUGACGAUCGAAGGAGACAUCGACAAUGAUAGCGAUGGAACUCAGACCGGUUUCUUGGGUGCCACCUUAGAACUCGGAGAUCCUGACAAACCAAACCUCACUGAUAGAACCAGACGAGCUUCUAGGAAAUUGAUCAAAGGAUUUUACUAGUUAAUCAACACCAUUUUUUUAAUUUUCUCCCAAUGAAUGUUGAUUUUACUCAAUAAACUUCACCAAAACUAAGAUUUUUUUUGUUUUGUUUUUGGUUGAUAAAGAAGCAGCUAAAUAUAAAUCCAAAUAUAUCUAUAUUCUUAUUUAAUCUAAUCUGGGAAGAAAUAAAAAUGAUACAUAAUCCGAUUGGCAAAACUUUUGAAUAUGGAGCUAUAUAUUCAAAUAAAACUCAACACCAAAAAAAAGAAGCAAUAUACCUAUAUCAUGCUUAAAUAAACACACAAAAAAUGAGAUUUCAUUUCACAUGAAUAACGCCAUGACCAGUCAAGUCAGAAGCUCCAGUAGCUUGUGGAGGCAAACCGAUAUGAAGAUCCAAACCGUCUUUAUUUGUCAUAUUAGAAGCUUCACUCGGUUGAGACAGAGGCAAACCAAUCGGUAUAUGUCUUGGAACAGGUAUACCAGAAGGAUGAACAAACCUAACCGGUACUUGAGGGUUGGCAUAGUACAUUGGAUAAUUUGGAUGGUACAUAAUAGGUGGAAAGUUGUAGUAAGGUGGUAUGGGUUGGUAGAUUGG